AUUGAUUGGACAAACUGAAGGCUUCAUUUAAGCGUUCCAUUUGAAAAACAGGUGUUAAAAGGUCAAACGAAAAAUGUCAGGUGUAGCUACCCCAGUUGAAUUUGACGCGGUGCCAUAUGUCGAUAUCUCUUGUUUGUAUCGAACGAAUUGCCGCAUGUUUCACCGGUCACUUUUUCAAGUUAACCAUGAUCUUGCAACCGGUUAACGUGCAACUCACUAAAGUCCACUAUUAUGACAAGUUGAAAGGUAUCAAAACCGUUUCUAGAGAAGUUUUCGAAAAUGAAUUCAACAGAAAUGUUGUCAUUAAGAGUAACAUCUUCGGACACAAGUGGGUUUUAAAAGUGAACGAACAAGAGUCGUGCAAGAAGAAAAGUAGAUUGAAGCUGGUUGUUUAUGUACUAGUUUGUUGCUGUAUCAUCAUAGCUGUUUCUUUUGGAGUAUUUUUAUCAAUUGAACGUAGAUUCAUAAAUCCAAACAAAACACUACAAAAAACAACCAUUAAAAACUACCAGACGACUGUAAAACCAGCCAAGACAAUACAAAAUAUAACUCUUCCAAAAUUGUAUCUUCCAUCACGUUCGUUUUGCAAAAACUGCACCAACGAAGAAGUCUGUUUGAAAAUUGAAGAAAGCCACAAGCCAAAAUGUCACAGAAUUCUCAACAAGAAAGAUCCAACGGGUUGUGGAGGAGUCUGCAAGAUAAACGUGCAGUUCUGUCAAUUACUAGACAAUAAAAGCAAAGUGUAUCAAUGUUCCAACCUUAAGAACACCCUCAAGUGUUCUGGUGACAGUUUCAAUUGUGGUAACAGAUGUAUCAAAACCGUGAAGAAGUGCGAUGGAAUAUUUCAUUGUUCCAACAAGUCAGACGAGGAGAACUGUGAUUGCGACUUGAAAACCCAUUUCCACUGUGGCAACUCCACGUCUUGUCUUUCCAACGAGAAAAAAUGUGAUGGAGUCAUUGAUUGUUGGGACAAAACUGAUGAAAUCAACUGCCAAAGAAGUUGUGGACCAAACGAGUUUCCUUGCAGGAACGGAGUUUGUGUAGGGAAGGAGAAGUUCUGUGAUGGAUUUAAAGACUGCACCGACGAUUCAGACGAACCUCAGGGUUGUAUUUUGUGAUCAAGUUGAGAAUGAACGAGUUUUAUUUUUGUAGAACGUAUUUUGAAUACAUGAAAUAUCCCCUGUGAUGCGGUCGUCUCAUUUGCCUUUCUUCAGUGGAGAAU